AUGAAGCUGUCCCUCUUCCUAUUCAUUUCUCUCUGUGCUAUUGGGUCCUGCGCUCCAACUGAAGGUCCUAAAAUUGAAAAUGUUCUGAAAGAUGUUGAGGAACCGAUGGUUAAGAAGACUGAGCAACUGCUGACUGUUGAGACUUUGGAUGGGUAUAUUGGAUUGUUGAAAAUUUUCAAGGACAUGUUGCCGUUGGAUAUUAUUACAACUAUGGACAAUCUGAACAUCACCCGGAAAGGCGAAGUGGUAAACUUCCUAUCUAGCUGGUUCCAAGACCGUAUCAACCGUCCCAACACCACCGCCGAAAUCGUAGACAUGGUUCGCACCUAUCUUCCAUCGGUCCACGACAAAAUCUCCACUCUCAACUCGACAUUCUACACCAAAUUCAAUAAUUUAAAGCCAGAAUCUCAAGCUUUGCUUCGCGAAUGGCGUGUCAAGGCUGUGGAUCUUCUUGGCGAUCAACGCCCAGCAGGGGAGACUGCUGCUCAGAACCUUCAACUCCUUCGUGAUUUCGCAAUGAGCAUUCGUGAUGUGAAACCAGAAAUUCGGGAGGACUUGAAGACACAGUUUCCGCAGGCGGUGUCGUUGACCGAGGGAUUGGGAUUCACAGUGUUCACUACAAUGAUCAUGGUGGUUCAGAAGAUCGUGGAGACUGCCGCCGCUGUGAAGAGUCAGGGACAAGCAGUGUUGGCUACUGGCUUGCCUGUCGAGUGUGCUCUUCCGUUGGAUUGA